UUUCCGUUGGACGGUCGAUUAGAGUGUAGAUAUAUUUUGUUGAGUGUCUUCGCCGUGCUUUGUUGUUGUCUUAGUCCCACCCAAAAUGGAGUCGUGUCGUGUCUUCCUCAUUCUGCUGCAGACACUCACGGAGCGCGCCCGCCGGCCGAGCUCAUCUAUGCGCGGGGAGCCAACCGCCACUGUGCGGCAUUUGAAAACCUCCAUGAAACUAAUGCGCUCCAUUAAAACGACGCCGCAGGGCCGUUCCAGUUCAAACAGGCCCUGUGCUCUCAUCUCGAUGUCGCUGUCGACCUCCAGCGCGGGUUUAUGUCUGAUAAAGCUGCCGUGGAAAUGUUUUUGUGCCGCUGCAGGUUGUGUGGUAUAGUCCGACUGGAACUCCCAACCUGCGGGCUUGAGACAGGGGGGGAGAGAGCCUGACAAACAGCCCGAUCGCUUUAUUCGCCAUUACAGCCUUUAUAAUCUUUUCAUUUGUCUGAGGGUUUAAGAAAGGCCGGGUUGAUAGGCGUUUGCGUGUGUUUUUUCUUUCAGCGCGGCUGUUGGGGGCUUUCUGUCCGGCCGUGUGUCUCCUCUACCCCCGUGCAGUGAUUAGACUGACCGCUCCUCCAGUAACGUUACGCGCCUGUAUUUGGGUUAAACUGCGCGCUUUCAAUAAAUCACAAAUAUAACACUAUGAACGGAUAAAAUGUGUCGAGUCUGAGCUUUGAUCUGCUCCGUUCACAUCAGCCGCUCGAUUACAAGACAUACAACGUCAUAUGGUUUAAUCAUGGUAUUCAUUAGAAUGACAUUGGAGUAUCAUGUAAAUUUCAUUUCACAUGUAUCAACGUCAUUCAUGGUGUGACACCGUCAUUGUAGCAUGGUCAAGUACUUUUUGUAAGAGAAUUAUUCCAUUAAUUGGAAUAUACAUGAUUUUUAUAUAUAUAUUGCAUGACCACAGUCGUGGAAAAACCAAAAAAAUCUGGGAAUUUAAUAACUGAGAUUUUCCUUGAGACACAAAACGUGUUGUUUCAAAGCACCUUUACAGAAACCAGCAAACAAACAAACAAAAAAAAAAAAAACAAUAUACACCAUCACAAAAUUUGUAAUGGUUUUACUGGUUAUAAUGCGACUUGUGUUGGAAACUUCAAUGGACCCUGUUGGUCUCUACUGGUUGUUGAUGAGCGGUGGAUAGGUGGAGGAGGUGUUCGGUCUCGCCUCAUACCAUUGCUAUGGAGGCCAAGCAGGAGUCCUCACCUGUGUGGAGUCCAACACCCAACAAUGACACUGGAAAUACACCUCAGGUGCAUUUUGUGACCAGUGCGGUGGCUCAGAUCGUGUACAGCGGAGAGCAGUCUGACCGCACUCAGCAGCAGGUUGUCUACGCUGCAGACGGAAGCUCCUACACCUCCGUUGAGUCCGCCGAACACACACUGGUGUACAUACAUCCAGCCGAUGGAACGCAGGCGGUGUUCACAGAUCAGCCCCAAGUGGCCUACAUUCAGCAAGAUGGCACAACACAACAGGUGACUGUGUUGCUACCGAGCGGUCAGAACAUGAACACUGCAAAUCUGCACGUGUUGAGUAAUGUAGCUGAUGGCCCACAGGCGAUCCUGGAACCUGUGACACAGAGCCAACUUGCUGUGACAAAUGCAGCUCUUCCCAACUUGCCGGAGGCCUCGUCGAGCCCCCUGGGGGCCACAGAUUCCACUGUGGAUUCAGAGGAUGAGGAAGAAGACAACGAUAGUGACGAUUCAGAAAUGGACGACUGGGAACCAAGGACGCCCCAGCCGUUCACCCCUCAAAACCUCUGGUGUGAAGACUGUAAUAAUGCCAAUCCUGGAGCAUGUAUAAAACACGGUCCUCUGCACCCCAUCCUGAACCGCCCUGUGAUGUCCAAGGCUCGGGCCAGUCUUCCUCUCAUCCUCUAUAUCGACCGCUUCCUGGGUGGAGUCUUUACUAAGAGACGCAUCCCGAAACGCACACAGUUCGGUCCUAUUGAAGGGCCGCUGGUGCGACAGAGUGAACUGCAGGAUACGCACAUCCACCUGAAAUUAUUCAUGCUAGACCCUGAGAAAGAGGGCGAGAGGGCAGAGGACCUCUGGUUUGACUUGUCUGAUGAGGAGCGAUGUAACUGGAUGAUGUUCGUCCGGCCGGCCCAGAACCACCUGGAGCAGAACCUGGUGGCUUAUCAGUAUGGAUCGGACAUUUUUUACACCACUAUCAAGAACAUUCAGCCCAAACAGGAGCUAAAGGUGUGGUAUGCUGCAUCAUAUGCCGAGUUUGUCAACCAGAAGGUUCAUGAUGUCACAGAUGAAGAGAGAAAAGUUUUACGUGAGCAGGAGAAGAACUGGCCGUGUUAUGAGUGUAACAGACGGUUCAUGAGCUCAGAGCAGCUUCAGCAGCACUUAAACAUGCACGACGACAAACUCAACCUCAUCCAAAGGCCAAAGGGUCGUGGCCGAGGACGGGGUAGGAAACGUUUCGGCGCCACGAGGCGACCAGGGCGACGUACGAAAUUCAUCUGCCCACAGACUCCUGUUGAGAGUGCAGACAAGACACAGGAGCUGUUAGCAUCUGUAGAUAAACUACCAUUUGAGGAGAGGACAGAUGGAGCUCUUAACGGGCUGAAGGUGGUGGAGAUGGCAGCCGAAUCUAUGGAAACCGAGACAGAAGAAGGACUUGAUACCCCAGCAACCCACACCGAGACGCUUCCAGAUGAGGGGGAUUCUGUCACCCCAUCUCCGAUCACAGAAGUCCCAGGGUCUGCAAAAGAGGACCUGCCUCAGACCAGUCCUGAAGACUCUCACCUCACACCGCAGGACAUGAGGAGGGCGAGGAGGAUUAGGAAUGCCGCUCUCCAGCAUCUAUUCAUCCGUAAGUCCUUUCGACCCUUUAAAUGUUCUCAGUGCGGGAAAGCCUUUCGAGAUAAAGACAAGCUGGACCAGCACAUGCGGUACCACGGGCGGGACGGCUGCCGUCACAUGUGCCAUCAGUGCGGUAAGGGCUUCCUGACGAACGCAGCGUUAGAGGAUCACCUGCAGUUGCACUCUGACCAGCGCACCUACUCCUGCCUCUUCUGCGCCGAGUCCUAUGACAGAUUGGACCUGCUCAAAGUGCAUGUGGGGGUUCACUUGGUCAACGGCUGCUUUUCCUGUCCUUCCUGCAAGAAAACCUUCACAGACUUCAUACAGGUCAAGAAACAUGUGAGGAGUUUCCACUCAGAGAAGAUCUUCCAGUGUACGGAGUGUGAUAAAGCCUUCUGCAGGCCUGAUAAACUACGACUCCACAUGCUUCGCCACUCUGACCGCAAGGACUUCCUGUGCUCUACCUGUGGCAAACAGUUUAAGAGGAAGGAUAAACUACGGGAGCACAUGCAAAGGAUGCACAACCCUGAACGUGAGGCCAAAAAAGCAGACCGCAUCCACCGCACCAAAGCUCUGAAACAGAAGGAGCCCACCACAGACUUUGAGAGCUUCAUGUUUAAAUGCAGACUCUGUAUGAUGGGCUUCAGGAGACGAGGCAUGCUGGUAAAUCACCUGUCCAAACGACAUCCUGAGAUGCGAUUGGAGGAGGUUCCUGAGCUGACGCUGCCCAUCAUUAAACCCAACAGAGAUUAUUUCUGCCAGUACUGUGAUAAGGUGUAUAAAAGUGCCAGUAAGAGGAAGGCGCACAUUUUAAAGAACCACCCUGGAGCAGAAUUGCCCCCCAGCAUUCGGAAACUGCGUCCGGCCGGGCCGGGAGAGCCUGAUCCCAUGUUGAGCACACACACGCAGCUGACCGGCACCAUCGCCACUGCACCAGUGUGCUGCCCGCACUGUGCUAAACAGUACAGCAGCAAGACAAAGAUGGUCCAGCACAUCCGAAAGAAGCAUCCGGAAUUUCAGUACAACAGCAGCAGCAGCAUCCAGGCACCUCUGGCCGCUACCGUCAUCAGCAGCACUCCUGCUGUCAUCACAACGGACGGCACGACUGCAGAAGCCGUGGUGACGACCGACCUGUUGACCCAAGCCAUGACAGAGCUGUCCCAGACCCUGACCACAGACUACCGCACAGCACAAGGGGAUUUCCAGAGGAUCCAGUACAUCCCAGUGUCUCAGGCAGGAGGAGGCCUGUCGCAGCCACAGCACAUACAGCUGCAGGUGGUGCAGGUGGCCCCGGCGUCCUCUCCUCAUUCCCAGCACUCUACAGUAGAUGUGAGUCAGUUACACGACCCUCACAGUUACAGUCAGCACUCUAUUCAGGUGCAGCACAUCCAGGUGGCUGAGCCCACGGGGACCGUGCAGGCCAAUGCACAGGUGUCAUCUCAGCCUCUAAGUCCCUCCUCUCAGCAAGCAGCCCAGGAGCUUAGCACCGCCCAGCUGACCCCCGUGACCCUCGCUCAGGGCCAGACUCUACAGACGUCCACCAAUCAGACGCAAGGUGCUGCACAGCAUGCGUACCUUCCCAGCAACUGGAACUACAGGAGUUAUCCAUCUGAGAUCCAGAUGAUGGCUCUUCCUCAUACUCAGUAUGUGAUAGCAGAGGCCAGCACCCCCGUCACUGCUUCCGUCAACAGCAGUCAGGUCAAAACGACACACUAUGUCAUCUCAGAAGGACAGACGGAGCUGGAUGGUAAGCAGGUAAACGUCCCGUCCACCGCAGCGCAGGUUCACCCCGACCCACUGGAGCAGCCGGCCGUCAGUCAGCAGACCACCACGCAGUACAUCAUCACCACCACCACCAACGGGACGGGAGCUAGUGAAGUUCAUAUCACCAAACCCUGACCCUCAAUCAGUAAAGAAGAAACUGAUUUGGCAUCCUUUCAGAGUUAGUGUAAAUGAACAGAUUUCUGAUUUAUUUUCUUGAAGAGUUAAAAAAAAAAAAAAAAAGAACUGAAGUAUAGGAGUUUUUUAUGAAAUAAUAACACUGGAGUGGUUAACUGUGUUUCUCUAGAGACCCAAAAAGACCCAACCAUGUAUGUUUUCAGGAACUGUCAUGACUUUUAAACUGCCAUCCUGCCUUUUUUAUAUUUUUUUUUUUCGGGUUAGAUUUUUUUUUUUCCCUGUAUUUUUUAUUUACAUCAGUAAAUUUUCCCUUAGCAAUUGAGAUUCUAUCUUUUCAUAACUGAGUGACUGAUCAGAGAUCUUUAAAAGUAUUUCUUCACGUUUCCCCAAAAUAAAAGGGGUUAAGUGCUGUAGAUCCUCACUUUUACUGCAUUUUGCUUGAAUUUGGAAUAUUACGUAUUUGGCACCGCCGCAAAUUCAUAAAAAUAGUUAAAUAACUGCCUGAAAGAUCACAUUUUUAUCCCAAAAUCCAAAAAAGGAAUUAUCAUUUGAGAAUGUGAAGCUUUGGGACUUUAUUUUUAGGAAUGUGAAGCUUUAUAGCAAUGAAAAUUUGCUUGAUUGUCAACAUAAUGUCUUGAUGCAAAAUUACAAUAUUCUUAAAAACGACUUCAGUUUCUUAAAAUGAAAUAAAAUGUAUUUUUCUUUUGGUUUUGGGGUGGAUCAUGACCUCAACAUUUAAUUUUGAGCAUUCUAGCGUCAAUCUGAAAAUUGUGUUCUUCUGAUAGUUAAAGCAGAGCUAACAAAAUCAAAUCGUUCAUGCUCACAUCACCUCCCUUGCAUAUCCCAUAUUACUAUAUUAUAAUAUAGUCCAUGGACGACGUCACCAGCCCGAACAAGGUUCAGAUGAAGGUUGAACACCUCAUACCCCACAAAAAUCCUUCUUCAAAAAGUUUCAAUGUAUCUGAGUCCUCAUAUUAUUCUGUGUAUUAUCUGUUAAAAUGACUGGAGAAUUUGUGUAUUUCAUGUAACUUGUGUUUAUGGACAUACUAGUAUUUAUUUGGGUUUUGCACAUUCAUCAGUGGAGCACUGCUGCAACUUUAUAACCUGAGAAAGGGAAA